AUAAUAUUAACUAAGAAAAUGUACGCGUCACGCGACCCCUCUGCUCGCCGUUUUGAAAUUUGAACUUGAAAUCCCUUCGGGAGAAGAUGCAUCGCCCUAUCUGCUUUGCUAUUGGAUCCAUCUGCGGGCCCCAUGUGACUCAGCCCGACUGCAACCGCAUCACGAGUCGGGUAGGCAAUUGGGUAAUCUUGGACUUUGAAGCAGAUGUUAGGUUCGCGACGUGCACAAAUAUAUACGCACAAUUCUUUUGCUGUCUCUCGACGGGAAUUUAGGGUUCCUUUUUCUCUCUCGCUCUUUCAAGCCGUCUCCGCCAAAGCCAAAUCCAAGAAGAGAAGCCUCGCAUUCCAAUUACAUAUACUUCAGUCGGAUGAUGCAUUGGCGCAGUCCGCAGUUCGCAUCUUCCUCUCUGCCCUCGGCCGUUACAGUGCCGUGAAUUGUUUUGGAACUUCAGUCCUCAUCAUACAAAGCAGGAAGAUUUUGGUGGUUCUGCUCUAUCCUACCAGUUAAAAUGCCCAAGGAAAGGAGGUCACGGUCUCUGUCAUUUGAACGGCGAUCCCGUGCAUCACCUUUUCCAUCUACUUCUUCCUCACGUAUCCAAACUGAUUCUGUGGAGUCGGCCAAGGACAUUAAAGAAUGGGAGGAGGUUCGUUGCCCUGUGUGCAUGGAGCACCCCCACAAUGCUGUUCUCCUUCUAUGCUCCUCACAUGACAAUGGUUGCCGUCCGUUCAUGUGUGACACUAGCUAUCGUCACUCUAAUUGUCUGGAUCAGUACCGCAAGGCCUUCUCUGGAUCUAAGUCACUCCAGGAUAAUGGUGAUGCACAACAGCCAGCUAAGCUUUCAUGCCCUCUUUGUCGAGGGCUAGUCACUAGUUGGACAGUCAUAGAGCCAGCUCGCAAAUAUAUGAAUGCUAAGACUCGUAGCUGCUCUAUGGAGUCAUGUGCAUUUAGUGGUGUUUAUGGUGAGCUAAGGAAGCAUGCAAGGAAAGAGCAUCCAUCUGUGCGGCCAUCAGAGGCAGAUCCUGAUCGACAGCAAGACUGGAGAAGGAUGGAGCGACAGCGGGACCUUGGAGACCUGCUCAGCAUGUUUCGUUCAUCAGUUACCAGAGAGGAAGAUGGGUUCUACAUUAAUGAGGAUGACGAAGAGGCUAAUGGCAGCGUCUUCAUAUUUCCCUCGGUCACUAUGCUUUUGGUAGUGCAUGUGCGUCAAGCUGGAGGUAGCGAUACUGCUCGUUCAUCUCUGCCACAGUCUUCUAGACCAAGAACCUCUCUGCAGGAUUCAUCAAGGGGUCAAAGGGGAAGUAGAGUGAUACUAUGGGGAGAGACCUUAAGCAAUUCAACAUCUGUUGGGAGAACGAGCCAUAGCAAUGGAGCUAUUGGCGAUGGUGGAUCUGAUGAGACAGAUGCAGCUUCUCAACAGAACCAAGAAAGGCAGUGACGGCAGUUCCGGAUGUUGGAUGAUGAUGGUGUAUCUUGAUUCUAGUUUUCCUUUUCACGUUUGAAGCGCAGCUAGUUUCUGUGCACUUGUCAUUGGACUAUGGUCAAGAUGAUAGAUGAUUGUGAUGCAUUGUGAUGUUAAUUCUUUGUGUAGCCUUUGAAUCUCUGAACUGGCUGCUGCAUGCGCACAGCUCAUGGUUAAUCACUGCUGCUUUUACCGCAGCAAGCAACAUUCACAGAUAUUGUAAAGUUGUUCAUAUAAUCCGUUGUUCUGGAAGUGCUGAGCCAAAUAAUGAUGAUUUCCUGCCUGAUCUGGACUCAAGUAUUAAAGUAAAGAAGUAAAAGAGAUUGGUCA